UUUAAGUGAUUGAAUUAUUUAGAUCUGUUAAAUGUGAAUUUCUAAUUAUUGGUGGUGAAUUGGAUUUGGAUGUAAUUUUUUUGGUUUUGUACGUCCAAAGUAUUUUACGAUUGACUGAGCAAACCAGCAAAAGUAUUAAAAUGAAGGAAGCGGGAUAUUCUAUAUUUCAUCAAGAGUACAUUAUAAUGGCAGAAUAUCGUAUGCUGCAGACAGAAAAUUUACCCGGAAUUUAUGUAAUACCAUCACAUGAUAACUCAUUCCUAUGGUAUGGAGUUAUAUUUAUAAGAUCAGGCCUCUAUGCUGGUGGUGUAUUUAGAUUUACCUUAACAUUACCAGAAAAAUUCCCAGAUGAUACAGUUCCAUCCGUGAAAUUCACAUCACAAAUAUUUCAUCCAGGAAUAGAUGCAUCCACAGGUAUUCUCAAUCUAUGUGAAGUGUUUCCUCAAUGGGACAGAAAACAAAACCACAUUUGGCAAAUUUUGAAAUACUUAAAUUGGAUAUUUGCCAAUUUAAACAUGAAAGUUCCAGUUAACAAUGAGGCAUCUGCAUUAUUUAAGACAAACAAAAAACUCUUUAUUGAUAAGGUGAAAGAAUGCAUUGCAUCUAGCAUAGAACAUGUGUAUGAUGCCCCAACAACAGAAGAUAAGCAUUACAUAACAUUUCAACCUUAUGAUCCUAACAUCCAUGACAAUGCUAAAAAUGUCAUGUUAAAAGAACCAGGUGGAAAUGAAAGUUCUCAUGGAAUAUCAUGGGUGCAGUCUGGAUCUUAUCAGUCCUUCUCAAAAGAAGACACUACAUAAAUCGGAAUAUUUUAAUUGAGUAUAUCAAAACUAACAAAUAUAUCUAGCCAUACUAAAUACCUGUGAUAUAUAUAAAAAAAAUGUAGUUCAAGUUAACACUACAGAUUCCUUAUUUGAGUUCAAGCUAUUUUUUAUAAUUAAUUAAAAUUCUAUUAUUAAAAAAUAAAACAAUGGUGAUAAAU